UCGCUAUUCGCCAUACAUACAACCAAGACGGAGACUUCAGAAUGGUGAAGGCACCGUACGAGUGCACUGUGCAGUCACUUCGUCGCGGUUCACAGAUAUACUUCCGUUCGCACGUGUUCCUUGGUUACUAUUUUGUUUGCUGCCGGUGUUUGUUCGAAUCCUAGAAGUCGGCCAGGGCUGUGGCGGAACCAAUUGUUUUCGAUUACUUUUACUUCGAAAGGAUGCGAUAGGCUGUGACAUCCGACUUCGCUUAUUCACCUGUGAUUCAAAGACAUUCCAAGAAGAUGACGUCCAAGCUAGCUCAGAUUCAAGCUCGUUUCCAGCAAAAACAGAUGCAAGAACGAGAAGAAAAGCUGCUCAAGCUCUACGAGAACCAGCAGCAGCGAGCCUUCGACAGAGUAAGCAGAGGCAGCGCGGGCAGCAACACGAGCGUCUCUUCUACAGGAGGCGGCAAAGUACGUCAAAUGUUCGACGAACGACGACAGAAAGCAGGCGUCGACCGCAGCUACCCCCUAGAACCGCUCAAAUCGAAGACGGCUCCGAGAGGACCGAGUCUGGACCGUAAGGCGGCCGGACACAUCGCUGCUACCACCAGGACCGCUGCGGUGCGGUCCACGGUGCAGAAAACCGUGUCCAGCAUCAGGAAUGGCGGACCUGUGGCCCAGAAGAAGCAGGUGGUACAGAGGGUGUUUGAAAACAAUAACGGCAGGGAGUCGUACGAGGAGCAGAAGUUUGUCAUCGAGAACGAUGCUUAUAAUAGCAAGUCUCACAGGGAUAUGAUCGAUAUGAUGAACAAUCAUAAUCUGAGCGACAGUUUGGAUGACGAGGAAAUGCCAAGAAUUGGGUUUGACGAGGUGGACAAUUACGAACAGGUGGUUAGAACCAAAAUUGAUGAUGGUGUGGCUAAGAAGAGCCAGAAGAAAAAUAUUAUUUCUAAUGGGUAUACGCCUGUCUAUAGAAAAGAAAGUCAUCCCGUAACUAAGAAAGCUACCCCUACAACCAACUCUACGACUCCACCUGCACAGACAAGGACUUCGGUGUCCCCAAGAAACCCUACAAGAACACCUAGUAGUGCUAGCAGUACAAACAGCACUAGCAGCUCAGCUAUGGGUGACAAGGCCAAACCCGCCGCCCCUGCCAGGGCCCCCACUGCCACCCGGCCCUCGGCCAAGCAAUCGCCCCGCUCGGCCGUGGCCAGAGACGAUCUGGCCGAGUGCGGAUACUGCGGCCGCCGCUUCGCCUCGGACCGCAUCCAAAAGCACGAGGAAGUGUGCGCCAAAACGGGGAAGAAGAAGAGGAAGGCCUAUGACGCCACCAAGCACCGGGUGAUCGGCACCGAGCUGGAGUCCUACGUGCUGAAGGGGGGCAAGGGGAAACAGUCUCACAUGAGCACCAAGUCGUCCAAACAGACUUCCAAGAAAGACUGGCGUCGCACUCACGAAGAAUUCAUCGCGGCCAUAAGGGCGGCCAAGGAGGCGCAGGCACACCUCGCCAAGGGCGGCAAAUUGUCGGAUUUGCCGCCCCCGCCGCCCUCCUCCAACCCCGACUACGUGCAGUGCCCCCACUGUGGCAGGAGGUUCAACGAGUCGGCGGCAGAGAGGCAUAUCCCCAAGUGCGCUAACUUCGAGUUCAACAAACCCAAAGGGGGGCCGACCCCUAAGGGGAAACCAGUCCGAAGAUGAUGGAGGAGUGCGACAGUUGGAGUUUAUAUUUUUAUACUGCAAUAUUACGGAAUUUAAUGCCUCUCGUGAUGAGCUAAUCUAUGCGAUAUUUUGUAAUUUUAUUAUAUUUUUAGUUUAGUAAACGUACUUAAUAAUGAUACAAA